GAACAACAGUUAACCUCGUCUCCUCAGUGCGUAUCCAAAUCUGCAUCCACGAUAGAAGUCUCAGCCUACAAGUAAACGGAAACAUCCAAGCAAUCUUGUCGGUGAAUAAUACGUCACCGUCUCAGUCUAGAAAAUUUAUCUUAUAUUACAUCAACUUUCUUCUUCAUUUAUUUAUACAUUCCUUCUGGAGAGAUUUUGGCCGAAGACUACGUCGUUUCGUAUCAGACAUGUCGUACGAUUAUCUCUUCAAGUACAUAAUCAUCGGAGACACUGGAGUGGGGAAAUCAUGUCUGCUCUUGCAGUUCACUGACAAGAGGUUCCAGCCAGUUCAUGAUCUCACCAUUGGUGUUGAGUUUGGUGCUCGUAUGGUUACUAUCGAUGGCCGUCCUAUCAAGCUUCAGAUUUGGGACACUGCUGGGCAAGAAUCUUUCAGAUCCAUCACAAGAUCUUAUUACAGAGGUGCAGCUGGAGCACUUCUGGUUUAUGAUAUAACUAGGAGAGAGACAUUUAAUCAUUUGGCAAGCUGGCUAGAGGAUGCCAGGCAGCAUGCAAAUGCCAAUAUGACUAUCAUGCUCAUAGGGAACAAGUGUGAUCUUGCACAUAGGAGGGCUGUUAGCAAGGAGGAAGGAGAACAGUUUGCAAAGGAAAACGGACUUUUAUUUUUGGAAGCAUCUGCAAGAACAGCUCAGAAUGUUGAAGAGGCCUUCAUAAAGACUGCUGCAAAGAUCCUUCAAAACAUUCAGGAAGGCGUGUUUGAUGUAUCCAAUGAGUCAUCUGGAAUAAAGGUUGGGUAUGGACGCCCACAAGGUCCAUCAGGCGCUAGAGAUGGAGCAGUUGCUCAGAAAAGUGGAUGUUGCAAUUAGCUGUGACUAAAAUCAAAUUCUGUAGUUAACCCCUUUCUGGAAACAAUAAAAUUAUACUUAUUUAUUUUAAAUACACAAAUAGAUAUAUACUUAUAUGUGUCAUCAUGUGAUUAAAUGAGUUUAAAUCAAGAACAAAGUAACAUUAACUCAUGUAUUGACACACAUAAAUAUGUAUUAAUUUGUAUACUUAAAAUAGAUACGUGUAAUAUUAAUUUUCUGGAAUUUAUAUAGGUUUUCCACGAACUUUCUGUGGGUAUAUCCUGAAAACAAAUGUGAUGAAACUUUACGGAAGACAUUGAAUGUAUAGAUCUUCUCUCACCUGUUUUUAUGUUUUUUAACUGAAUCAAUGUAUCCGACAAUUCUUCUUGUUUAAAGGCCCAGAUCUUGCUUUGCGGGAGUGGUCAA